AUGAGUUCACCCACUAUCCUGUUGUACGCUGUGCUACUUCUGGCUGCGCUCUGGGACUCGGCUCAGGCCGAUGAGAGUCCUGGCUUCUUUCUGAAGAUCACCAAAAACGUGCCACGUCUGGGCAAGCGCAGCGAAGGUUUCCCCAUGAAGAACAUUAAGACCAUACCACGCAUUGGACGCAGCGAUCCCCAAGCCUCUGUCACACCCUUGCUAGCCUGGCUUUGGGAUAUGGACAUGGACAUGGUUCAGCCGCAGCUCAGCAAGCGUCGCCUGCCCAGCAAUGUCGGCGCUGGCCAUGCGGAACGCGAGCUGAACGUUGUGCAGCCGGUUAAUUCGAAUACGCUGCUUGAGCUACUGGAUCGAAAUGCUAUACCCAGCGAGCAUGUCAAGUUCGUGCACUGGAAGGACUUUGAUCGUGCCUUGCAGGCCGACACGGAGCUGUACGACAAGGUUAUACACCUGGGACGCGAUCCGGACCAACGUUUGAAGCAGGAUCUCAACUUCAACAGCUAUAUACCGAUCUUUGGCUCUGACGAUGGACUUGGCAACAAUUUUAUGCUGUACAACAGGGACGAUAGCGAUUUGUAUGGCAGCGACAAUCGCUACAAUCGUAACUUUAUGGAGUAUAACCGUUUGUAG